AUAUAAACAUACGAUUACGAUUGGAGCAACACUAUUUCAGUGUCAGUUGAAAAUUUGACGCAUUCGCGGAAAGUCUAUGCCGCCGGUGGAAAAUAAAAUAAUAUAAUUGUUGAAAACAUGUGUUCUAAUCAUCUGUGACUGUGAAAUUGUUCUCACGUGAAUUUAUAACAGUUGUUCAGUUUGUAAACGUUGAUAAAAGUUAUUCAAGAUGAGGUUAGCGGGGGCUAUUUUCUCAAAUGUUACGAAAAUGUUGGACUUUUACUCGCAAUUCAAUCCUUCGCCGCUGUCUAUAAAACAGUUUAUAGAUUUUGGUUUAAAUGCGUGCGAAAGUAAAUCAUUUCUUUUUCUACGGAAGGAGUUGCCUGUUCGGUUGGCGAACAUAAUGAAAGAGAUAGCGCUUCUCCCAGAGAACUUACUGCGGAUGCCAUCAGUCGGGUUGGUGAACCAGUGGUACGAGAGGUCUUUUGAGGAGAUCAUACAAUUUGAGCAGAUGGACCCGGAACCGCCUAUUUUGAGCUCCUUCUGCGAACGCCUAGCCCACAUUCGCAACCGUCACGCGGACGUGGUACAAACCAUGGCGCAAGGAGUCUUAGAGCUGAAGGAGUCACAUGAGGUGGACCCGAGCACGGAGAACUCUAUCCAGUACUUCCUCGACCGGUUCUAUAUGAGCCGGAUAUCUAUUAGGAUGCUUAUUAAUCAGCAUACACUUCUCUUCGGCGACCAAAUAGGGCCUCGUCAGGCCUCAGUGACGGGCAUAGGCAAUGGUGGCCGUCACAUCGGGUCCAUUGACCCCGCGUGUGAUGUGGCAGCGGUCGUUAGAGAUGCAUACGAGAAUGCCAGGUUCCUGUGCGAUAGGUAUUACCUGGCGUCGCCUGAAUUGCAGCUGUUGCAGGAAGGAGUGCCAUCAAAACAACCAAUCCCCAUAGUGUACGUGCCAUCUCACCUGUACCACAUGCUGUUCGAGCUGUUCAAGAACUCCAUGCGCGCUGUGAUGGAGACGCACGAGAGCAGCCCCCCUCCCAUCACUGUCAACAUCGUGCGGGGACAGGAAGAUGUCUCUGUUAAGCUAUCAGACCGCGGCGGUGGCAUCCCCCGCAGCGUGUCCGACCUGCUCUUCAAGUACAUGUACAGCACCGCGCCUCAGCCCUCCAAGUCUGAUGCCCACACCGUUCCUUUGGCUGGUUACGGGUACGGGCUGCCGAUCUCGCGACUGUACGCGCGCUACUUCCACGGCGACCUCAUGCUGGUCUCCUGCGAGGGGUACGGCACUGACGCCAUCAUUUAUUUAAAAGCUUUAACAAACGAAGCGAACGAAUUACUCCCGGUUUUCAACCGGACUUCAACGAAGUUCUACCGACCGGUUCCCCAACUGGCUGACUGGUCAGGUUCCCUGAACACCGCCAGCAGCUCCCAGUGUAAGAACCGGGAGAAGGUAUCUCCCCUAUCUGCUCCUGUCUCUAACAGUCUAUAGUCUACGACCGAGGAGUGAAAUUGUCACUCCUAUUACGAAAAUUGAGCUGGGGUAACUUUUUGGCGGGGUUGGAUUUACGACAGAAUUUAAAAAAGAGCCAUUUUUAUUUGCGAAAAUAUAUUUUUUGCAGUAUACAGUGUUAAAUAAAUGCUGAAUUGAAUUGAAUUUGAUAAAGCCGUUUUGGUUUAAUAACUUAAAACAUAAUUUUGUUUUUAAUAAGUUGUUUCUACAUAGUAUGGAAAACAACAAAAAGUGGUUUUGUUAAAAGUGGUAGGAAAAAAAGAGGGACUUUUUUUGAUAGAAGUGUUGGCAAUGGGAACACUGAAAAGACAGAAAACCAUAGAUAGAUAGAUGCUUGUCAAAUAUAUUUUUUGUCGUAAUCUAAAAUUGCUAAAAAUUACCCAAGUUUAAAUGAAAUACAAGCUGUAAUAAAUAUGUCAUCAGUUUUAAUGGCAGGAUAUUAUAGAAAUUAAGAAAUCCAGUGCUUUUUAACUCUGUAGAAAUAAUUUCGUUUUAUUGAAAGUCAAAAAUGAUUGUGUCGCGAAAAAGACGGUUUCUAAACGAAAUUAUGACGAAACUCCAAAGAUGAUUUUUUGACCUAUUAACGAAGGCGUUUAAUUUAUUUAGACAAAUACUUUAACGUAUUUAAUAAAUCUACUUAUUAAUUCAACUUUUAUUUAAUUUUGAAAUUCGUUUCAAAACACCGACAUAGUUUUUUACUUGAAAACCAAAUAAAAUUAAUAAAAAGCACUAAAUCUGGCUAUAAUUGAAUAAAUGAUUAAAAAAUUGCCAUUAAAGAAAAGUGUACAAUUGUUUUCUAUAUUUAUUUUUGUGAUACUCGGCAUAAAGUUAGGUAUUGUUUUUGGGCUCGCAAAUGGACUGAUAUUAUGAGCUCUUAUGAUGUUCUACGAUUUUACAAUCAUAAUAAAUUCUCUUUUUAUUUUUAAACAAAUAAAUAUAUCGUCUGCAGUUGACAGUCUUGAUAAUUGACAGCUGUCAAAUGCACAUAAGGCGGGAAAGUACGUUUCUUUUUUGACAAGAAUGGUUUCGAAAAGGGUAUUUUUCUAACAAAAUCGUGGAACAUCAAAGUUCAGUAAUGAGAAAGAUAUUUAAAUCACUCUAUUAAUGUAUUAGAUUUAGGAAAGAUAUCAUAGAAUAGAAUUAGAUUAAGACAGUAUGACUGAGAGGGAGUUUGAUACUUUUAAUUAUAAAUAAGUAUCUUGUUUUUUGUAGACUUUAAAAACUUUUGCAGUUUUUAGUUAUUUUUUUUUGUAUAGUCUUCAAAAGGUUUGUUCGUGUUAAUGUAAAAUUGAUCAACAAUGUCAAAUUAAGUUGCGAAUUACUUUUUAAAAUUUGAUUGGAAUUUUGAUAUCUAUUUAUAAAUAAAAUAAUCAAUCUCGAUGUUUGCUAUGUAUGAGAUCUCGUACAACUUUUUGUAUGUCACUAUAAUUAAUACGAAUUAGACAAAUUAACGUAGAUAAAAAAAUUGUUUUGUGUCAAAUAUGAAAAUUAUUUCUUUCGAAAUAGAAAACAUAUAUUUAAUAAAAAUAAAUUAGUUAAAUAAAAACGGUGGACCUAAGAGUAGUGGUGUAGUUAUGGGAAUGUAAAAUGUCGUGAGUUAAAAAACCGGGAACUAUUAUUAAGAUUGAAACAUCAUUAAAAGUAGUAUUUUAGUGUUGAUCAGUUCAUUAGGCAUGUUUAAUUUAAAUUAUUAUUUUCUAUACUACAUCUGGUUUACGCUGUAACUCUAGCGAUCAAAUAAUGUCUAUCAAUAGCACUUUCAAGUACAAUUAUUAACAAAUGUUGUUUGUUGAAUGUUUUCUGAACGAUUCAUGUGAUUAUAUUGAAAAGUAUAGCAAUAAAACAGACUACAUAUUAUAUACAAUAUUUUGACAUUAGAGAUAUAAGUCGCCUAUUUCCGAUUUCGAUUUUUAACAACUUUUAUUACAAAGAAAAUCUUGUGUUUCAUGAUGUGUUGAAAUUCAAGUUAUUUUUCUUUAUUUUCAAAGUUAAUCUUAAAUGUAUAUAAUUGCACGAUGAUUCCUAAGCCUUUAAUAGGUUUUAAGCAUAAAAAUAUACAUACUGUAGUAUAAAUAGGUGUACGAAAUGCUUUGUAGAUAAGAUUGUCUACAAUACAUUUUAAUUAUUAAAUAAAUAUCCACAAAACAAUCGCAAGGUGACUCUUGAUUACUAAAAUAGCUAUACAUAGAAUUUUAGAAACAAUAUAAUCUUACGUCUCCCACAAAAUAUACUGGAAAACCAGCAAAUAUAUACACAAAAUACAAUAUAUAAAAAUAUUUUUGUAAGAAUAAUUAUAUAAUAAGUAUGAUAUAUACGAAAAUUUGAUGCAACUGAUUUUUUUAGUUGAUUUUUUGUAAAUUAUAAUUAAUUAUGCAAAUAUUUUUGAAAACUAUGCCUAAUUAUUACAUCUACACAUUUAGUACCUGGCGGUAUUGUAAAAAUAUAUUAUUACUCAUUUGCAUUUUACUCUUUCUUAUACAUAUAAGUUUUAUUCCAAAAACGAUAUUGUGUAAUUUAAAUAAUAUACCUAGUGAUUAAAUAAUUUAGAGAUGAAAUUUAGUGAAGAAAAAAAUAUUUAAUUUUUACUAAAAUAAACUUUUAUCAAAUA